AUGGGGAGGAGGGCCGGCCCUCGAUCACGAUGGCGGCCUGAUGGCCGCCGCAGGCGCACCCAAGGAGAAAUCGCCAAAAGGAAGGCCAAAGCUGCAGAGCGGGCAGCUCAGGCAGCUGCCCAGGACCAAGACCAGGAUCCGACAGACACUGAGGAGGAUGAGGACGGCCCCGAAAGGGAGCCGGUCCCGGCUGACAGAGACGAGGAAGAAGCCGACGAUCAACCCCCAGAGCACGAGCCUGCUGGAGACAGUGUGGAGGUACGGGUUGAGGCCGGCCCCCGAAAGGGGAGCCGAAAUGCGGCAUCGCAGUACCCAAAGGGGCUACCAUCGCUCCAGAUCGCCGGCACGAUCACCAGCACCGAGAAGAAGCCCGAGCUGGCAGGUCGAGACCUCAAAAGCAAUGUCGCAGAUCUUGCGACACACGGGGCGGGCGCUACCCUGACGGACAUUCAGGAGGCGGUGCACGCCAAUGACAAGCAGCGUUUCCAAUUGUCAUGGCAAGGGCGCGGGCACGGUCGCGAGCUCCUUAUCAGGGCUACCCAGGGCCACUCACAGCAGCAAGUUCAGGACGACCUUCUGCUCACCCGUAUUACGGCCCCACAUGAGGUGCCGCUGGCUGUUCACGGAACACACUUUCGACAUUACUCCUCGAUUUAUCACCAAGGCCUGAGAGCGGGAGGAGACCGAGGGCAGCGGGCCAGGAAACAUGUCCAUUUCGCCAUGGCCCUACGCAGAGAUCAACACAGGGCCACUUCUGGAAUGAGGAAAGAUGUCGAAAUCCUUCUUUAUCUCGACAUUCCACGGGCUCUCCGGGACAACAUGCGCCUGUGUGUCAGCACCAACUCGGUGGUGCUGACGGAAGGCUUCAAUGGAUGUAUUCCCAUCGACUACAUCAUGAAGGUGCAAUAUAUGCACCGGCAAUGUGCCAAUGACGUCCCAGGCGAUUCCAUUCCAUCACCCGGCCGCCUGAAGCCGGCCUUUGCAGCGAUUGGUGUCUCACCUCAGGAAGGAAGCCGCGGCCGCUCGCCGGCCCCGGAGCGGGUGCCGAAAUCCAGGUCCUUUCUCACCCGACUCGCUGUCAUCAAGCUCCCACCUCGGCUGCACGACCCCAGUGGUUUGUGCCUUCACCCUUUCUUUUUGAGGGACCGCUAUCACCCCAUCCACGGUAUUGGCAGGCUCGGCCUCUACUUGGGCGCCGCCGCCGCUCCGGACAAAGCUCUCGCGACAGGUUUUCCUCUCCAUCUUUCCUUAGCAAGUUCGUGCUUGAUUGCUUCCAGUCAGCUGACAUGGUUCGCUGACUUCCUGCAGCAUUUCUCCAUCAUGUAUAGGCCUGCAGGAGGGCCUAGACAGCACUACAGACCCGAUGGCACCAGACGCCGAACAGCCGGCGAACUCGCCAAAAGAGCAGCACGAGCUGCUGCCAAGGCCCAGGGCACAGACGGAGCUCAACCGUCCCAGUCAGAUAGCCCUGCGAUGCCGAAAGGGCAGCAAUUGACUGUGGGACCAGGCAUGGCUCCACCGCCAAAGCAGGUGCAAGUAGACGGCCCCGCCACGGGUGCCGGAGAUGCCUUCACGAACUCAGGAACGGGAUCUACGACAGCUACGCCGGCAGCCAACUCCGCUGUCACUGGAUCGCGCCCCAAGGAGCCUCCACCACCUGUUCCUUUGUCCAAGAAGGCGAGUGGGAAGGGCCUGGGACGAGGACCUCCGCCUGCACCGAAGCAAUUGGAGUGGGUUCCCAAACGUACCAAAGCUCCCCCACCGGGCAUUGACACAACCCUGGGAGGGGCACAAGCGGCACCAGCGGAACCAGUGAGGCCGGCGACGGCGACCGAAGUCAGACCAGCUUCUCCGGCCAAAAGGUCAGCUCCGAUGCCUGCGAACGCUCCGACUACCACCACCACCGAUCAGGACAUCACUCAGGCGGCCCCCGAUGGGGAGCCGACCUUGACAACAACAUCAUUGACCCUGAGAAUGGAUGCUGGUCAACCGCAGAAAAAACGUCGCAGCAAAACAGUGCCGCCGCCAAACACUGCACCUGCCCUUGAUGCGCUGCGGCUCAAAUGGGACUUACUGCUGCGGGUUCACGAGGCAGCGGCUGAACUUCAAGAUGCAGAUGUACCUCACCUUCUCCACUUAUACCAGGCGGCCGGCGGGUAUACAGCAAGACACCAUGACUUUCAUCUCAUGAGAGACAAGCUCAUGCAAGAGGGUGUCGUCGGCCCCUCAGGGGUGCCGCUACCUUUGCCUCCAGUGGGUAAUUACAUCCUCAGUCUCGGAGUGAGCAUCCUCGGCUUACAGAGCAGUGGUUACCUACCACAGAUCAGCAGGUCGAGCACGUGCGGGGACCUGGUUGAAGCCUGGUCACUGGCUCUCUGGGAAAGCUCCCGUCGUGAUCUGCUCGAACAACUUGGGGAGCUUUUUACGCUGUUGCACAGUCUGGUCAGCAACAUACCCCGCCGGGUUUACAUUCCCUCCCAUGGAGAAUCUCGCUCGACCAGCUGA